AUAAUAUAAUGAUAUCAAUUCGAGAAGAUUCAUCACUAAAUUCAAGAAUCACAAGUCCAUCAUCAGCAGCAAUAUUUUAUUUAAUUAUCGAAUUUUUAAUUGGUCUAUUGAUAUCAUCAUCAUUUGAAUUAUGGAAAAUUAUAAAAUAUUUAUUUUUACCAAAACCAACGAGGGAUCUUACAGACCUUACAGUUUUAAUAACAGGUGUUACAUCAAGUCUUGGCAGAUGUCUAGCAAAAGAAUUUGCAAAUGCUGGUUGUAAAAUAAUAUGUGUAGACAAUGACUUUGAAUUGGUGAGAAAAAUAGCGUGUGAGCUUGAUGUUAAUGGUAAUAGUAAUUUAAAUGGAGCUGAUAUUGAGAGCGUUGGGCCAAAUCACAGGAAACAAAUUAACAAUAAUAAUAGAAAUACAUCAUGUAAAAUACAUAAUGCAUACGAGUGUAAUUUAUGGAAUAAAAAUUCAAUAAUAAAUACAGCUAAAUGUAUUAAAAAUGACAUUGGUGAUAUUGACAUACUGAUAACAUGUACUGGUUACCAUGGACAAAAUAUAUUUGAUACCGUUAGCAAGACAUUGAUGAGUCAUUAUUGGACUGUUAUUGCAUUUCUUCCAUCAAUGCUUAAAAAAAAUAAUGCCUAUGUCGUGGGUGUUACGCCAACGACUUCAACAAAAGAUGCGUACAUGGGUACAAGAGCAGCUGUUGCUGGAUUAAUGGAAAGCCUUGGACAACAUUUUCAUACUGCUGGGCAAAUUAAUUUUUUAACAAUUGCACCGAAAGCUGAUCCAAGAUGGAUAAAACAAAGUGAAGAAAAAAUUGCAUUCGAUAUUGUGAAUGCGAUAAAAAAAAAUCAAUCAUAUUUAUCUUGGGGAAGUUGGUUGUCAGCUAUGAUUUUUUCUAUAAGUUGCGCCUUUCAAAGGACAAUAUCCAGGGUCAUCACGAUCAGAUAAUUUCAAUAAAAAAAAACAAUAAUUAACAAGGCUGCUAAAUAAUAAUCAAAAGUGUAAAUUCAUUUAUAGAUAUAAAGAAACAUGAAAAAUAAAACAAUAUUAGUAAUUUUUUUGCAAUUCUCAUAAACAUAAAUUUUAUGCACGACAGACGUUCUUUCCGGACGAGCCAUAACUGAAGAUAAUGAUAUUGAUAAGAUCAUUAUAGGCUUAUGUAUAAAUAUAAAAAGUAAACUAUAUUCUGAGCUAGCUUUCUCACAUAUUAAAUUAAAUAAUUAUGCAUAUAUUAUAAAUACAAGUUGUAUUAUACAAGAGACAAAUAAAAAUUUAAAUAAGCUAAAACAAAAGAAA